AUGGUGGUAUUGAAUCCAAACAAUUGGCAUUGGGUCGAUAAGAAUACCUUACCGUGGACAAAAGAAUAUUUUGAGCAGAAGUUGUCCGAUCUGCAAAUCAUCUCUGAAGAUGGGAAACACAAGAUUAUGCUCACCAGAGUGACUAGUGUUUCCGGUGACUCUAACGUAUCGCAAAGGAAGGGGAAACCGAUUUGCUAUUUCGAUCUGCAACUAACGCUUGCGAUAAAGAUCUUGCAACUUGAAAGCGAAGAUGAGUUAGCCUCUGGAUCGUUGGACAUACCAGAGUUCAUGCAUGACGAAACGGAGUUUGAGAUUAGAUAUCAGGAUUUCAAGGAGUUUGAGCAGCUUGUCAGGACUGAAUUUUAUCCCGAGAUCCACGGGAUCCUCCUGGCGUACCAGCCCACGCUGAUCAGAGAACACUCGAAAGACUUGCAGGACUCCUAG